AUGUCCAAGACUCUGUCAACGAUCGCCCUCAUGCUAGCUGCCGCGCCCUUCGCGACAGGUCACAGCUGGAUCGAGCAGAUGCGCAAUAUCGACGCCAAAGGCAACUAUGUCGGCGAAUAUGGAUACCCUCGAGGAUACAUCGCAAAGACUGACCCAGGAUACAACGGAGAUAAAUCCAUGAACUUCAACCUACCCGCAGCUCAAGGCAAAGCAUUCAUCGACGACACUACACCGCUCUGCCAUCCAGGUCAGACGAAGCCAGUCCAAUCUCAAGACAAGUACCCGCGUCUUAAGACACCACCAGGUGGUUUUGUUGCACUACGGUACAUGGAAAAUGGACACGUCACUGAGCCAGUUGGGCGCAUGCUUGGGAAGCCGGAUAUGGGUGGCACCGUAUUUGUCUACGGUACCACAGAGCCCAAGGAAGAUGAGACGCUCGCCACCGUUAUUCACUGGAAUAAAGAUGGCAAAGGUGGAAAUGGGCACGGCAAGCUGUUGGCAACGCAGGAUUUUGAUGAUGGUCGAUGCUACGAGAUGAACAACACGCCGAAGUCCAAGCAGCGUGCGAAGGAGUUUCCCAACUAUGCCCUUGGUCAAGCUGUCGAGGGCGCGCCAGGCAACUAUGCAAUGUUCUGCGAAACGGACGUCCAGAUUCCCGAGACCGCUGAAGUGGGCAAGCCAUACACGUUGUAUUGGGUUUGGCAGUGGAACACCAAGCCUGGCGCGGACCCAGGCCUCCCGGUGGGCAAAGACGAAUGGUACACUACUUGCAUGGACGUUGAUGUUGCUUCCAACGGAACGGCCUCCAAGGAAGCGUCGGCGAAGUUUGCUCUUGUCCAGCAGGAUGCCGAGACAGCUGCUGUCUCCAACUUUGCUGCGCGAACCGCUAAGAUGACCGACAUUGUCAAGGGCGAGUACGGUCCCAUCUUCUCUGCUCAGCCGACUGGCGGUUCCGGUUCCGGAUCUGGCGGUUCACCUGCUUCUUCCAAGCCUACACCAGCUCCUUCCUCCAAGCUUACUGCUACACCUCCGGCCUCCUUCACCACCCUUCCUUCGGCUAGUCGUAAGCCGCAAGGCAAUUCGACCCUUCCAAGCUCGACUGGACUUGCCUCGACUGGACUUGCUAUCCCGACUCUCACUGGCCGUCCCGGUACUGCGCCUACCCAAUCGCCAUCUGGCGAUGACAACGUCGUCACUGUUACAGACAUUCUCAUGGUCACAGUUACUGCACCAGUCGUCACAGUCACCGCUCCAGCCAUGACUGAUUCGACACCCAUUGACUCGGCUUCUCCGGCCAUCACACCCAUUGUAGCACGUAGCAUCCACUACCGCAACGGUGCCAAGUUCCGCAGCCUGUCGGGCAGCCUAAGUGAGCUUCACGCGCACUUUUGA